AUGAAGCUCGCAUUAACGCUGUUUGCGUCAAUAAAAGGAGACAGGAAUUUGACGGAGAUCUUUCCUACAGCUGAUCCUGCAGCUCCAAAAAUUGAGCUAAAGAGCUCAGAUAUUUCUGAUAUCGGUCGAGGUGGACAUCCUGAGCGAUACUCUUUUGCAAGUCAAAAUGAGCUCCUCACAACCAUGCUUCAAUACAUGCUAAAUGCACAUUAUCUGGAUAGAUACGACCCGAACGAAAUUUUAAACUACGGUUGUUGGUGCCAAACCAAUCCAGAUCACAUAAAUCAUCGUCGAGGCACACCAGUUGAUUCUGUCGAUCGAAAAUGUCAAAACUGGUAUCGCUGUCAGAGAUGUGUGUCGAUGGAUACAUUCGGCCAAUGCUCGGCUAGUGAGUUCAUCAAUUGCCCAUCAAAGAACAGCUACUAUGCAAACUCACAUGGUUGGGAACCUUCGACUCAGUGCACGCCGAAUCCGUUCUCUAGGGGACCACCAGAUCAGUGUUGCGGUACUUACCCAACCCGUUAUCCCUACAAUACCGAAGAUGGAAGCCGUGGAUGCUGCAAUGGACAUACUUUCAAUUCUCUGACCCACGAAUGCUGCAACACGGUUCUUCUUGCAGCUGGUAGCUGCCCACAAACCACAACACCAGCUCCUAAUCCAUGUUCACCUGAUCCUUGUCAGAAUGGAACUUGCAUGGAUACUUCAGCGGAUACUGGAAUAUCAGGAUAG